UUAGCAACAAACCCAGCUGCUUGACAGUAAGACCAUGCUACAUGCAUAGCGGGGGAGUUCGAGACUAUGUUGUGCGCAUCGCCACUCGUUUUGUCAUUCAGCACAUCCCUAAACGUUGGCCAACGAAGAUAAUCUCCGGUGAAAACCUCGGAAUCGCACGGAGGCAGCCGACAGCCAGAGGACAUGUAGGUCUGAGUAGGAACAGCUUGAACUUGGGGAGCUUGGGCUAUCAUAUCCGCAAUCUGAGCACCACAUCAUUCGUAAACGGAAUAGCAAUAGCUGUAUUUAGCUCGGAGAAUCGGCAAGCUAUCAGCUGCACUUUUUCCGACUUUUGCCAUGCACCCGGUACGUUCGUCGUACUCUGCCUUGAUGCGGUCCCAUAACGCGCGGAUUUCUUCGCGGCGAAUGCUUAACAUCGAUAGAGUUGGAGGGACCGGCGAAGGAGUGUUUGUUCUGGUUUCAAGUUCACUCAGUCAAUCCGAGACCUCAAUGAAUUGGCUCGGAUAAAUUUGGUAAGCUGUUACCCUUUUCCGGGGCGACGAAGAAUUAGUGCUUAGUUCGGGUGUGGGCGGAUCUACGGAGAUGCCUGGGACUACUGCAGGUGGGAUAAACAAAUUGUUGUCCAAGGGACAUACCAAAAAAUGGAACUCUUUUGGGUCAGAAUAUACCUGCUUGUGUUUCCGUCGAAAAAGGGAAACCUGUCCCUGGUCGACAAGAGAAAUGUCGUGGAUUGGUACAAAAAGGAAUUGGAGCACGGACCAACCUAGUUACUUUGCGGAAUUAAACCCAAUAAUACG